CAGCCGUCGCGAUGUCCGGCUUCGACGACCCCGGCAUUUACUACAGCGACAGCUUUGGGGGAGAUGCGUCCGUGGACGAGGGGCAGGUUCGGAAGUCGCAGCUGCAGAAGCGGUUCAAGGAGUUCCUGCGGCAGUACCGGGUGGGCACGGACCGGACGGGCUUCACCUUCAAAUACAGGGAUGAGCUCAAGCGGCACUAUAACCUGAGUCAGUACUGGGUGGAGGUGGAGAUGGAAGACUUGGCCAGCUUUGAUGAAGAUCUCGCUGACUAUCUGUACAAGCAACCAGCGGAGCACCUGCAGCUGUUGGAAGAAGCAGCAAAAGAAGUCGCAGAUGAGGUCACUCGCCCUCGUCCUUCAGGGGAGGAAGCUCUGCAAGACAUCCAGGUGAUGCUGAGAUCGGAUGCCAAUGCAGCCACCAUCCGCAGCCUGAAGUCUGACCAGAUGUCCCACCUCGUGAAGAUCCCUGGGAUUGUAAUUGCAGCAACCCCCGUGAGGGCCAAAGCUACCAGGAUCACCAUCCAGUGCCGCAGCUGCCGCAACACCAUCACCAACAUUGCGGUGCGCCCGGGCCUGGAGGGCUAUGCUCUCCCCAGGAAGUGCAACACGGAACAAGCUGGCCGCCCAAGGUGUCCGCUGGACCCCUAUUUCAUCAUGCCAGAUAAGUGCAAGUGUGUGGACUUCCAGGUCCUGAAGCUACAGGAGUCCCCGGACGCUGUGCCGCACGGGGAGAUGCCCCGGCACUUGCAGCUGUACUGUGACAGGUACCUAUGUGACAAAGUUGUCCCAGGGAACAGAGUCACUAUCAUGGGGAUCUACUCCAUCAAGAAAUCUGCCCAGAGCAAGGAUAAGAGACGUGACAACGUUGGGGUGGGCAUUCGAAGCGCUUACAUCCGUGUGGUGGGCAUCCAGGUGGACGUAGAGGGAUCAGGGCAUAGCUUUGCUGGCUCGGUGACCCCUCAGGAAGAGGAGGAACUUCGUCGCCUCACUGCCAUGCCCAACAUCUACGAGACCAUUGCCAAGAGCAUCGCGCCCUCCAUCUAUGGCAGCACUGACAUCAAGAAGGCCAUCGCCUGCCUCUUAUUUGGAGGCUCUCGCAAGAGGCUCCCGGAUGGGUUGACCCGCAGGGGGGAUAUCAACUUGCUGAUGCUGGGUGACCCUGGCACGGCCAAAUCCCAACUGCUGAAGUUUGUUGAGAAGUGUUCGCCCAUUGGGGUGUACACCUCGGGAAAAGGCAGCAGUGCUGCCGGAUUGACGGCCUCAGUGGUCCGCGACCCUUCCUCUAGGAAUUUCUUCAUGGAGGGAGGAGCCAUGGUGCUGGCAGACGGAGGAGUGGUGUGCAUUGAUGAGUUCGACAAGAUGCGGGAGGAUGACCGCGUGGCCAUCCAUGAGGCGAUGGAGCAGCAGACCAUCUCCAUUGCAAAGAAGAUCUGCAGAAACCGUCUGACAUCCUGGUACCAGCUCCUUUCUCAAGCAGGAAUCACAACCACACUCAACUCCCGCUGCUCAGUGCUGGCAGCUGCCAACUCCGUCUUUGGGCGCUGGGAUGAGACCAAGGGCGAGGAGAACAUUGAUUUUAUGCCCACCAUCCUGUCCCGAUUUGACAUGAUCUUCAUCGUCAAGGACGAACACAAUGAGGAGCGAGACAUGACACUGGCCAAGCACGUGAUGUCCUUACACGUGAGUGCCUUGACGCAGACCCAGGCUGUGGAGGGUGAGAUCGAGCUGAACAAGCUGAAGAAGCUCAUCUCCUUCUGUCGGACGAAGUGUGGCCCUCGGCUGUCGGCAGCAGCAGCAGAGAAGCUGAAGAAUCGCUACAUCCUGAUGCGGACUGGCACUCGCCAGCACGAGCAGGAGAGUGACCGCCGCUCCAGCAUCCCCAUCACCAUCCGGCAGCUGGAGGCCAUCGUGCGCAUUGCCGAGUCCUUGGCGAAGAUGAAGCUGCAGCCCUUCGCCACUGAGGUGGAUGUUGAGGAGGCCUUACGGCUCUUCCACGUGUCCACACUUGAUGCUGCCAUGUCAGGCAACCUGGCAGGGGCAGAAGGCUUCACAACACAGGAGGACCAAGAGAUUCUGUCCCGCAUUGAGAAGCAGCUCAAGCGCCGCUUUGCCAUUGGCUCUCAGGUGUCGGAGCACAGCAUCGUCCAGGACUUCAUGCGGCAGAAAUAUCCAGAACAUGCCAUCUACAAGGUGCUGCAGCUGAUGAUGCGGAGAGGGGAGAUCCAGCACCGUAUGCAGCGCAAAGUCCUCUACCGCAUUAAGUGACCUCCCUGUGCCACCCUCCAGGAGGGAACCAAUGCUACUUGACACCUGCCCACGUACAGGCAGUGCCCAAGAGGGUCACAAGCUGCUCUUGGAAGAGGCUUUCCCCUGGGGACCCAAACAGCCCACGGCCUCCCUCUUGAACCAGGGUUUGGGGUGGUCAGGGUUUCCCUUGUGUGCUCUGUCGCUGUGUCACAUCAGUGUUUCUUUGAACUCCAAAAGCUUUUAGUUUGUGUUAAAAUAAAAACUGAUAUUGGUA